AUGAAGGACCUCUCUUCCGUCGAGACUUUGAACGUCCCCGAGGGUGUUACCGUCGAGGUUAAGGCCCGUACCGUCACCGUUGAGGGUCCCAGGGGCAAGUUGACCAAGAACGUUGGGCACAUCCAGAUGGACAUCCAGCUCGUCAAGACCCCCAAGGGUUCCAAGGUCGUCUUCACCGUGUGGCACGGUGCCCGAAAGCACGUUGCCUGCCUCCGAACCGUCAAGUCCCUCGUCGAGAACAUGAUCAUCGGUACCACCAAGGGCUUCCUCUACAAGAUGCGUCUCGUUUACGCGCAUUUCCCCAUCAACGCCCUCCCCGCCGACGAUGGUUCUUCCCUCCAGAUCCGAAACUUCUUGGGUGAGAAGAUUGUCCGAGACUGCAAGAUGCUCGAAGGCACCACCGUCGCCCUCUCUGAAGUCAAGGAUGAAAUCAUCCUCCAGGGUAACGACAUUGAGAAGGUCUCCCAGUCUGCUGCUUCCAUCACCGACAAGUGCCGAGUCAAGAACAAGGAUAUCCGAAAGUUCUUGGAUGGUGUCUACGUCUCUGAGCGAACAACCGUCGUCCAGGCCGAGUAA